AUGGCAGAGGUAGAGAAAAUUGAUAAGUGGGUCAAAGAUUACUUAAUGAACGUUGGGUAUGAAAGAUGGUCCAGAGCACAUUCCAUUGUCAACAGAACAUUGAUAAUGACUUCAAACAUUGUGAAGUCGAUUAAUGCAGCACUCAAGGUUGCUAGGGAACUCCCAGUACUGCCUUUGCUGGAGUACAUAAGGCAAUUGAUCGGACGAUGGAAUGUUACAAACAAAAAGAAUAAAAUAGAGUCAUUUACUGAUCUUGGGAAAAGAUAUGAUACAAUGCUGAUGGACAAUCUCGAAUUGUCACAUCGGAUGAAGUGUCCACAUGUACAAAAGCAAAGGCUUUCAAUGUACUGUAGCAUCUAUGUCUAUCCCACUGUUGAAAUAUUGGUGACCCCUUUGGCGAGUUACUUAUAUUCAGUACUAGAUAAGGGUAAGCAGAGAAUGGUGUUCCUAAAAGAUCGUACUUGCAGCUGUAGAAGGUUUCAGUUGGGUGAGUUGUCAUGUGCACAUGCUCGGGCAAUAUUAAAAUACAAAUACAUUGAUCAUACUGAGUAUUGCUCGGUGUACUACACCAGGAAGUACCUAUUGAAGACCUAUGAAAUUCUAAUUUAUCUGGUUCCUGAUAAAAGCACAUGGAAAAUUCCCGCAGAAGUUCUAGAUGAAAAGGUCUUGCCACCAUACGUGACUAAAAGAAUAGGAAGGCCAAGGAAGGGGAUGUGCAAGCCAAUAUCUGAAAGGGAACAAAAAAUAUCGAUUUCAUGUGGAUAG